AGUAAAAAAAAAAGUUUAAAAUUUCUUCUAAUUUUUUUAGGAGUUUAAUUUUGGAAAAAUACACUUGUGUAGCCAAAACUUUGAAGGUUUGGCUAAAUAUAGCCACUUUUGGCGAAAUACCAAAAAUAGUCAUUUCCGUCCAAUUCUUUGACGCUGUUAGUUAGCGUGCUGACUGGACUAACGGAUCGUCCAAUCUGGCGAUUUUUGCCCCAUAUGUAUUUCCCACGUGGAUUUAAUUAAAAAUCAUAAUAAUUAAAAUUUAAAAUUUUCAAAUGGCUGCUUCUUUUGAUUUAUGAAAAAUAAAACAAAAAAAUAAAUGAAACAAAAAACUUCUAUGGUCGACAGCUACAACACCACCAAAGUCCAGAGUCAUCGCCGCAUCUUCGGAUUCCACUCCUCCACUGCCUCCUCCUUCUCCUCCGGCUCAUCUUUCGCCUUCAAAUCCUUGCUCCGAGACCGCGUACGCAGCAGCCACCCGCUGGACAAACCAAGAUUCGUAGGAAUAUCCCAUCUCCUAUCGCGGCGAAGUGGGGAAGAAGGAGACCGAGAAUGGGCUGGCAUUGCAAAACCCAGAACAACCCAGAAUAACCGAAAAUGGAAACCUCACAGAACCAUUCGUCGUCGAGGAGAAGAGGACUAUGUGAUUCGAUUCUGCGACAAGGGAUUUGGCAAAGGGCUCGUCCGCUGAUGUCAAACCCGCCGCUGCCUGGAAGACCUGAUCCUCCGCCACCUACUCCGUCGGCGUUGGGUUGAUUAUGGUUCGCAGCAGGCGCAUAAGCCAUUGAAGCAAAGUGAGCAAGGGUUUCUCGGCAAGCGAGCAAUGGGGAAGGCCUAGUGAAUCUGGAAUAGAGAUUCAGAUCUACAGUUGGGAAAGAGUGAUCUGAGAGAGAUACGAAGAAGGUCGUGAGGUUAUUUGGGAGAUUUGGGGAAUUUCCGCGGAUUGGAAAGGAGGAGAACGAUUGAUAAGCUUACUAAGUUCCGGCUCCCCAAAUCCGAGUCCGACUCGUUUUCACAUGGAAGCUGGGAGGAGUGAAAGAAGGAGACUAACCAGGCAAGAGGAAGGGGCUUCUCUGAAGAAACCUAGCAGAGAGAAAGGGGAACCACGAGCAGAUGAGAUUGGGAAGAGGAGAUGAGUUUUUUUUUAUUUUUAGUUUUUGUAAAUGAUGUGUCAUCCACUUGUCACUGAAUGCUGAGGUGGAAAUGAAAGAGAGGCUGUGUUGGCAGCCAGGUAAGCUUCCCGUUAAUUUGACUAACGGUGUUACUCACUCCGUUAAAUUAUGUAACGGAAAUGGCUAUAUUUGUCAUCCAAUUUUUAAAAUUCUGGCUAUUAUUGGUAUUUCUCAAAAAGUGGCUAUUAUUGUCACAAACGUCAAAGUUUUGGCUACACAGAUGAAUUUUGCCUUUAAUUUUUGUAACUAUGAUUGCAGUGUUUUAUUUUUGCUUCUAUGUAUGUUAAAAUUAUCUUAAUAAUAUAAGCGUUAGGUUAUUGUUGAUUUCAAUUGACUGGAAUAGAGAAAACGGUUGACCUGACAAAGGAAAAGGUCAACCGCUUCCUUGUUUCAGCUUAAAUGCAUCUCAAAAUCCGCCCAAACCCUAUCCUCCCAUCCCCUUUACUCCCCUACAUAAAACCCUCCUCCACUCAUUUUCUACCACAACCCCAACCACAACCCCUUUCUUCUUUCUCUCCUUUCCCUUCUUCUUCUUCCACAAAAAAACCAUAAGAAAGGCACCAAAACCUCCAUUCUAUUUCAUCCUCAUAUGCUAAUAAGAAGAGUAAGGUGUGUUUUUCAUUCUUUCCUUUCAUUUGAUCGAGUUUUCUGUUCUUUAUUGGUAGAUUAGAUUGAUUUUACAAAACCCAAAAGCUUAAAAAAUUGGAUUCUGUUCGCUAGAAUCGGUCGACCGCUUAUAAAUCCAAGUCGGUCGAAGAGGUCUGAGGUUGGGCGAUGAUAUUUGAGGUCGACCUUUGAUUAUUUUUGUCUCGUAUAUUUAAGCGACUGGUUGUUUUUUUAUAUUCUGCUUCAUGAAACUGAGGUCAACCGGUGAUGAUCAUGAGGUCGACCUAUGACGUUUUUGUGUCGUCUGUUUUAUGCUAAUAUAGUUGUUUUUAUUUUCUGAUUCAUGAAACUGAGGUCUACUAGUGAUAAUCUUGAGGUCGACCUAUGACAUUUUUUUCUCUACAAUUUGUCACGUUUUACGGUUUAGGUUGUGCUUCAAAUUUGAGGUCGACCUAGGUUGUUUAGUCUCAUGUAUUUAUGCUAUUAUAAUUGUGUUUAUUUUCUGAUUCAUGAAACUGAAGUCGACCAGUGAUGAUAUUGAGGUCGACCUAUGACGUUUUUUCUCUACGAUUUGUGCAAGUUUUACGGUUUAGGUUGUGCUUCAUGUUUGAGGUCGACCUAGGACAGUUGAGGUCGACCUGGGUUGUUUUUGUCUAGUCUGUUUAUGCUAAUGUAGUUGUGUUUAUUUUUUGAUUCAUGAAACUGAGGUCGACCAGUGAUGAUCAUGAGGUUGACUUAUGACGUUUUUUCUCUCUACAAUUUGGGCAAGUUUUACGGUUUAGGUUGUGCUUCCUGUUUGAGGUCGACCGAGGAUGGUUGAGGUCGACCUGGGUUGUUUUUGUCUCGUUUGUUUAUGCUAAAUAUAGUUUUGUUUAUUUUCUGAUUCAUGAAACUGAGGUCGACCAGUGAUGAUCUUGGGGUCGACCUAUGAAUUUUUUUUCUCUACGAUUUGGGCAAGUUUUACGGUUUAGGUUGUGCUUCGUGUUUGAGGUCGACCUAAGACAGUUGAGGUAGACCUGGGUUGUUUUUGUGUCAUCUUUUUAUGCUAAUAUAGUUGUGUUUAUUUUCUGAUUCAUGAAACUGAGGUCGACCAGUGAUGACAUUAAGGUCGACCUAUGACGUUUUUGUUUCACUACGAUUUGUGCAAGUUUUAUGGUUUAGGUUGUGCUUCAAGUUUGAGGUCGACCGAGGAGGCAUGAGGUCGACCUAGGUUGUUUUUGUGUCGUCUGUUUUAUGCUAAUAUAGUUGUGUUUAUUUUUUGAUUCAUGAAACUGAGGUCGACUUGUGAUGAUCUUGAGGUCGACCUAUGACAUUUUUUUUCUCUACAAUUUGUCACGUUUUAUGGUUUAGGUUGUGCUUCAAGUUUGAGGUUGACCUAGGUUGUUUUGUCUCAUGUAUUUAUGCUAUUAUAAUUGUGUUUAUUUUCUGAUUCAUGAAACUGAAGUCGACCAGUGAUGAUAUUGAGGUCGACCUAUGACGUCUUUUCUCUACGAUUUGUGCAAGUUUUACGGUUUAGGUUGUGCUUCAUGUUUGAGGUCGACCUGGGUUGUUUUUGUCUCGUCUGUUUAUGCUAAUAUAGUUGUGUUUAUUUUCUGAUUCAUGAAACUGAGGUCGGCCAAUGAUGAUCAUGAGGUCGACCUAUGACGUUUUUUUCUCUACGAUUUGGCAAGUUUUACGGUUUAGGUUGUGCUUCAUGUUUGAGGUCGACUGAGGAUGGUUGAGGUCAACCUGGAUUGUUUUUGUCUCGUCUGUUUAUGCUAAAUAUAGUUGUGUUAUUUUCUGAUUCAUGAAACUGAGGUCGACCUAUCGUUGUUCUGUUUUGUCUAUGCAUGUAAUGUAUAGGUCGACUUGUUUAGGGACAAGUCGCCCGAGUCUUGUUGGUUUCGAAAAUGUGCCUAACAUAAAUUUUUGCUUGUUUGAUAUCAGGAUGUUUGGAAAAAAAAAUAAAAGAAAGACAGAAAAAUCGACUGCCCCAAGUUCUGAAUGGGAAGGCUUCAACCCCACUUUGUUCCUGACCAACGAGCAAAGUGACACAUUUGAAGAGAGGAGAAUGCACAACCGCAAGGUGGCUCCUGGUAGGCCAUUGACGAAGGAUGUGUAUUCUCAUUUCAAAAUUACGGGUUUCUAGCACCAUUUGUGGAACAAGAGUGGCUGAAGGUGGUAUCUCUCAAAGCACCAUACUACCCAAACAUGGUACAGUACUUCUACAACAACAUCGUCUAUCAUCAUAAUGUAAAUGGAUUGAUUCAUGCAUUUAAAAGCUAUGUGAAUGGGGUGGAGAUGCGCAUCAGCAAGAAUGUGUUGGCAGAAGUACUGGAGACUCCAAACCAGGGAAAGAGAAUCAAUUCUUAUAGCGCUU